GCAGAUGCCUUGCUCCGCCACCCUUCCUCAUAAUCCUGUGGUGCGCGGUAGUCGUUUCAUUGGGCAUUCUUGAAGGUUUGCCUAGCAUGUCAGCGUGGAUAUUACCAGUGUAAAAACAACUGGGGUUACAUUGCAUGCGAGAAAGUCCUUUCGGCGAAUGACGUCUGUUAACUCCUCGUUUGGGUUGGCUGAGAGCAGAUCCUACGCUAAUAUUGUAGGGUGAACGUGUACCUGGACGAACUUUCACGAUUGAACAAAUACGCAUUAUGCACCAAAGAGCAUCGAUUCUAGACUUUAAGAUUGACUCGGUUGCUGGAGUGGAGACCUGUGAGCUCAAACGUUGCAACGGCCUUGCACAGCUGGAGCAUUACUUCGAGGAGCACAAAAAGAAUGCCAAGAUUUCGAAUGAACGCCGGCUACUGAUCGUCGAGACUGCCACUAACGAAUUCACUUUCCAAGGACUUAAAAAACAACUCACGUCGGAGCUCGGCGUAUCUGAAGAUAUUUUCCAGAGGCAUCAAUGGAGCCAGACAACUUUUCGCUUCAAUGAAGUGAUCAACUGCCCAAGAUUACCGACGACCGCCCGGCCGAGAACGUCUUUCAGCUUGGAAUAUUUUGAGCUGUGGCAUGUCGACGCUUCAUGCCACGCGUGGUUCAACCGUCAUAACCCGGCUACAGUGAGAUGCGGAUCCACGGGAAGGCAAAUCCAGUGCUACCACUGGAUGGAGUCGCGGGGAAAUGGAUGGCUCUUGGUCGCGCCGCGCAAAUGUUCCUUCUGGUCAAAACAAGACGGAGACGGAUGGAAAGCGGUCAUCCUUUGUGAUCCAGCUCCCAGAACAGUCCGGUUGAAUGAUGAUUCGGACACUUUGAUCGACGUGAAGAUCACCGCCUUCGAGAAGGGUUACCAUGGCUUCAUCCCUGAUGAAGUUCGAGGAUCCAAAUUACGAGAGCCAUCACACCUAUCCUUGUUAGACGACAUAACCUACUACUUCGAGCACUAUGUGGAUGUCCUCGGACAUCUAGCAGACCCCGCAUCAGCGGCGAUAUUCCCUCGAAAGGUGGUGGCCAGCCAUUACUGUCAGCUUCUCGGAUUUGUCAGUCACCAGACAGCCUCGAUGCGCUCGUCCGGGUGGGCCGCCCAGCGUAGGACAGUGCAGGAGAUCAACGAGAGCAACCAGGUCGAGACGGCAUGGCGCCAAUUCAAAUGCCCGGAAUACCUCGAAGCGCUGGGCGCCGUGCUGGACUCUCUCGGCAUUCCUCAGGGGCACGAGCCUUAUGAAAUUUUUGACACCAGAUCUGCAGUCGAAGUUUCAUCAAAGUACAAGGCUCGAGAAAGGCCGCUGGAUGACGACGACUGGCGGUCAUCAGUGCCGGACUUCCUCUAUCUCCACCGCGAAUUCCGCGCACACCUGGCCGAUUAUGCGCGAAUGACUUCAUCGCUGGCGGCCCUGAAUGGCAUGAUCGGCGGCCGCAUAGCUAUCCUCGAAGCUCGCACGGCGAGAUCAUUAACCCUCGUGGCAAUGGUGUUUGCUCCGCCGGCAUGCGUAGCCUCGAUAUUCAGCAUUCCAUUCGAUAUGUUCGGCCAGGAUGGAGGCCCGCGUUUCUGGUGGUAUUGGGUAGCUGCCAUCCCCUUAACUCUGGUUGUAUUCCUUUUGACAUAUCUGGUACAUGAAAGGGAUGGUUUCUUUAGGCUGUGGGAGACCAAGAAGAAAGCACAUGGUCCAGAAGACAUGAAAGACAGGAUGGCAAAUGGACAUCACCGGUCUAAGGAAUUGGUAUAACCAGCUUGAAUGACGUGAAUUUCUAAUGGGUAGAUAAGGGUGGCCCAUUCGUUGAGAGUAUCAAAUCAAAAACGCGCCCGAGUUACUGUCCACAACCGUCCCCGUCACGCUCGGGUCCUUCAUCAGGAA